GUAGCCUGGAGAAGGUGUCGGUGGAAGUGGUGCGUUGUCGAAAGAAAAACACUCCCCCAAUUCUCAACCAGAUGAAGUUCUCAAGCUUGGAGAAGGUGCCAGUGGAAGUGGCGUGUUGUCGAAAGAAAGACACUCCCCCCAUUCUCAACAAGAUGGAGUUCUCAAGCCUGGAGAAGGUGUCGGUGGAAGUGUUGCGUCGUCGAAAGACGGUUACACCUUCCAUCCUCAACCAGAUGGAGUUGUCAAGCCUGGAGAAGGUGCCAGUGGAAGUGGUGCGUUGUCGAAAGAAAGACACUCUCCCCAUUCUCAACCAGAUGAAGUUCUGAAGCUUGGAGAAGGUGCCAGUGGAAGUGGCGCAUUGUCGAAAGAAAGACAUUUCCCUCAUUCUCAACCAGAUGGAGUUAUCAAACCUGGAGAAGAUGUCGGUGGAAGUGGUGCGUUGUCGAGAGAAAGACACUACCCCCAUUUUCAACCAGAGGGCGUUCUUAAUGCUGGACUUUCAAUGCCAACAAACACCCUCAGUCAGUCUCAAGACGAAAUCACUCCUCCCCAUUUGGAUGCCCAACAAUCCAACACUGAACAUGGAGAUGAAACAGGUUCUGGGGAAGACACUGAUUCUGAGAGUGAUACGGAUUACACAAAAGUAGCAUCUUCGGAGGUUUCCAAACGUUUACAUGAGCAUCCCGAACAAAUCAAUGAAGCCCCAAUGGAUCAGCAUCACAAACGGCGUACUCGCCGACUCUUGGGCAAGGAAGACAAGACAGGCGAUACCCCAGCACAAUAUCAGUCACGCUAUCGCCAGUCCCCACACAAGAAAGAUCGGAGCAGACGAGAUGGCCGCAGUAAACGGAAAGGAGAACAGCUCCUCGACAGUAAUGUGACUGAUUCACCUCUGUUGCAGGCUGACCCCAACCGCAGAAAGAAGAGAGGAGACAAGUUGAAAGCCCGUGGACUUGAUCCAAAGGAAAUAAGUGAAGCUGCUGGAAAUGACACAUCUCCGAAAAUCAUAGCUCAUCUGCUCAGUGAAAACAAACAACAAGUAAUGAAACCUAAACCUUCCAAUGAUUCCAGAACCAGCAACAAACUUGUUGACGAUAAUGACCUGCCCCCAAGCACUCCCACUGCUUCACCAUUGAACGUUCCCACAGUAACCCACACGAGCAAAGGAGGAGGGGCUCACCAACUGCAUGAUGAGAGAAACAAGAACAUCACUACCAGGCCUGGAGAAGGUGCCAGUGGAAGUGGUGCGUUGUCAAAAGAAAGACACUCCCCCCUUUCUCAACCAGAUGGAGUUCUCACGCCUGGAGAAGGUGUCGGUGGAAGUGGUGCGUCCCCCCAUUCUCAACCCGAAGGAAUUGUUAAUGCUGGACUCUCAAUGCCAAGAAACGCCAUCAGUCAGUCUCAAGACAAAAUCACAUCUCCCCAUUUGAAUGCCCCACAAUCCAACACUAAACAUGGAGAUGAAACGGGUUCUGGGGAUGACACUGAUUCUGAGAGUGAUACGGAUUACACAAAAGUAGUAUCUUCAGAGAAUUCCAAACGUUUACAAGAUGAAUCCCCAAUGGAUCAGCAUCGCAAACGACGUACUCGCCGACUCUUGGGCAAGGAAGACAAGACAGGCGAUACCCCAGCACAAUACCAGUCACGCUAUCGCCAGUCCCCACACAAGAAAGAUUGGAGCAGACGAGAUGGCCGCAGUAAACGGAAAGGAGAACAGCUCCUCGACAGUAAUGUGACUGAUUCACCCCUGCUGCAGGCUGACCCCAACCGCAGAAAGAAGAGAGAAGACAAGUUGAAAGCCCGUGGACUUGAUCCAAAGGAAAUAAGUGAAGCUGCUGGAGAUGACACAUCUCCGAAAAUCAUAGAUCGUCUGCUCAGUGAAAACAAACGACAAGCAAUGAAACCUAAACCUUCCAAUGAUUCCAGAACCAGCAACAAACUUGUUGACGAUAAUGACCUGCCCCCAAGCACUCCCGCUGCUUCACCAUUUAACGUUCCCACAAUAACACACACGAGCGAAGGAGGAGGGGCUCAGCAACUGCAUGAUGAGAGAAACAAGAACAUCACUACCGGGCCUGGAGAAGGUGUCGGUGGAAGUGGUGCAUUGUCGAAAGACGGGCACUCCCCCCACCCUCAACCAGAUGAAGUUCUCAAGCCUGGAAAAGAUGCCAGUGGAAGUGGUGCACUGUCGAAAGAAAAACGCUCCCCCCAUUCUCAACCAAAUGGAGGUCUCAAGCCUGGAGAAGGUGCCAGUGGAAGUGGUGCGUCGUCGAAACAAAGACAUUCCCCCCAUUCUCAACCAGAUGAAGUUCUCAAGCCUGGAGAAGGUGCCAGUGGAAGUGGUGCGUUGUCGAAACAAAGACAUUCCCCCCAUUCUCAACCAGAUGAAGUACUCAAGCCUGGACAAGGUGCCAGUGGAAGUGGCGCGUUGUCGAAAGAAAGACACUCUCCCCAUUCUCAACCAGAUGGAGUUGUCAAGCCUGGAGAAGGGGUCCGUGGAAGUGGUGCGUUGUCGAAAGAAAGGCACUCCUCCCAUCCUCAACCAGAUGAAAUUCUCAAGCUUGGAGAAGGUGCCAAUGGAAGUGGUGCGUUGUCGAAAGAAAGACACUCCCCCCAUUCUCAACCAGAUGGAGUUCUCAAGCCUGGAGAAGGUGUCGGUGGAAGUGGUGCGUCGUCGAAAGACGGUUACACCUCCCAUCCUCAACCAGAUGGAGUUGUCAAGCUUGGAGAAGGUGCCAGUGGAAGUGGCACGUUGUCGAAAGAAAGACACUUCCCCCAUUCUCAACCAGAUGGAGUUCUCAAGCCUGGAGAAGAUGUCGGUGGAAGUGGUGCGUUGUCGAGAGAAAGACACUACCCCUAUUUUCAACCAGAGGGCGUUCUUAAUGCUGGACUUUCAAUGCCAAUAAACACCCUCAGUCAGUCUCAAGACGAAAUCACUCCUCCCCAUUUGGAUGCCCAACAAUCCAACACUGAACAUGGAGAUGAAACGGGUUCUGGGGAAGACACUGAUUCUGAGAGUGAUACGGAUUACACAAAAGUAGCAUCUUCGGAGGUUUCCAAACGUUUACAUGAGCAUCCCGAACAAAUCAAUGAAGCCCCAAUGGAUCAGCAUCACAAACGGCGUACUCGCCGACUCUUGGGCAAGGAAGACAAGACAGGCGAUACCCCAGCACAAUAUCAGUCACGCUAUCGCCAGUCCCCACACAAGAAAGAUCGGAGCAGACGAGAUGGCCGCAGUAAACGGAAAGGAGAACAGCUCCUCGACAGUAAUGUGACUGAUUCACCUCUGUUGCAGGCUGACCCCAACCGCAGAAAGAAGAGAGGAGACAAGUUGAAAGCCCGUGGACUUGAUCCAAAGGAAAUAAGUGAAGCUGCUGGAGAUGACACAUCUCCGAAAAUCAUAGCUCAUCUGCUCAGUGAAAACAAACAACAAGUAAUGAAACCUAAACCUUCCAAUGAUUCCAGAACCAGCAACAAACUUGUUGACGAUAAUGACCUGCCCCCAAGCACUCCCGCUGCUUCACCAUUGAACGUUCCCACAGUAACCCACACGAGCAAAGGAGGAGGGGCUCAGCAACUGCAUGAUGAGAGAAACAAGAACAUCACUACCAGGCCUGGAGAAGGUGCCAGUGGAAGUGGUGCGUUGUCAAAAGAAAGACACUCCCCCCAUUCUCAACCAGAUGGAGUUCUCACGCCUGGAGAAGGUGUCGGUGGAAGUGGUGCGUCCCCCCAUUCUCAACCCGAAGGAAUUGUUAAUGCUGGACUCUCAAUGCCAAGAAACGCCAUCAGUCAGUCUCAAGACAAAAUCACAUCUCCCCAUUUGAAUGCCCCACAAUCCAACACUAAACAUGGAGAUGAAACGGGUUCUGGGGAUGACACUGAUUCUGAGAGUGAUACGGAUUACACAAAAGUAGUAUCUUCAGAGAAUUCCAAACGUUUACAAGAUGAAUCCCCAAUGGAUCAGCAUCGCAAACGACGUACUCGCCGACUCUUGGGCAAGGAAGACAAGACAGGCGAUACCCCAGCACAAUACCAGUCACGCUAUCGCCAGUCCCCACACAAGAAAGAUUGGAGCAGACGAGAUGGCCGCAGUAAACGGAAAGGAGAACAGCUCCUCGACAGUAAUGUGACUGAUUCACCCCUGCUGCAGGCUGACCCCAACCGCAGAAAGAAGAGAGAAGACAAGUUGAAAGCCCGUGGACUUGAUCCAAAGGAAAUAAGUGAAGCUGCUGGAGAUGACACAUCUCCGAAAAUCAUAGAUCGUCUGCUCAGUGAAAACAAACGACAAGCAAUGAAACCUAAACCUUCCAAUGAUUCCAGAACCAGCAACAAACUUGUUGACGAUAAUGACCUGCCCCCAAGCACUCCCGCUGCUUCACCAUUUAACGUUCCCACAGUAACACACACGAGCGAAGGAGGAGGGGCUCAGCAACUGCAUGAUGAGAGAAACAAGAACAUCACUACCGGGCCUGGAGAAGGUGUCGGUGGAAGUGGUGCAUUGUCGAAAGACGGGCACUCCCCCCACCCUCAACCAGAUGGAGUUCUCAAGCCUGGAAAAGAUGCCAGUGGAAGUGGUGCACUGUCGAAAGAAAAACGCUCCCCCCAUUCUCAACCAGAUGGAGGUCUCAAGCCUGGAAAAGAUGCCAGUGGAAGUGGUGCACUGUCGAAAGAAAAACGCUCCCCCCAUUCUCAACCAGAUGGAGGUCUCAAGCCUGGAGAAGGUGCCAGUGGAAGUAGUGCAUUGUCGAAAGACGGGCACUCCCCCCAUCCUCAACCAGAUGAAGUUCUCAAGCCUGGAAAAGAUGCCAGUGGAAGUGGUGCACUGUCGAAAGAAAAACGCUCCCCCCAUUCUCAACCAGAUGGAUGUCUCAAGCCUGGAGAAGGUGCCAGUGGAAGUGGUGCGUUGUCGAAACAAAGACACUCCCCCCAUUCUCAACCAGAUGAAGUUCUCAAGCUUGGAGAAGGUGCCAGUGGAAGUGGCGCAUUGUCGAAAGAAAGACACUUCCCUCAUUCUCAACCAGAUGGAGUUCUCAAACCUGGAGAAGGUACCAGUGGAAGUGGCGCGUUGUCGAAAGAAAGACACUCCCCCCAUUCUCAACCAGAUGGAGUUCUCAAGCCUGGAGAAGGUGUCAGUGGAAGUGGUGCGUCAUCAAAAGACGGUUACACCUCCCAUCCUCAACCAGAUGGAGUUGUCAAGCUUGGAGAAGGUGCCAGUGGAAGUGGUGCGUUGUCGAAAGAAAGACACUCUCCCCAUUCUCAACCAGAUGAAGUUCUCAAGCCUGGAGAAGGGGUCCAUGGAAGUGGUGCGUUGUCGAAAGAAAGGCACUCCUCCCAUCCUCAACCAGAUGAAGUUCUCAAGCCUGGAGAAGAUGUCGGUGGAAGUGGUGCGUUGUCGAGAGAAAGACACUACCCCCAUUUUCAACCAGAGGGCGUUCCUAAUGCUGCACUUUCAAUGCCAACAAACACCCUCAGUCAGUCUCAAGACGAAAUCACUCCUCCCCAUUUGGAUGCCCAACAAUCCAACACUGAACAUGGAGAUGAAACGGGUUCUGGGGAUGACACUGAUUCUGAGAGUGAUACGAAUUACACAAAAUUAGCAUCUUCGGAGGUUUCCAAACGUUUACAUGAGCAUCCCGAACAAAUCAAUGAAUCCCCAAUGGAUCAGCAUCACAAACGGCGUACUCGCCGACUCUUGGGCAAGGAAGACAAGACAGGCGAUACCCCAGCACAAUACCAAUCACGCUAUCGCCAGUCCCCACACAAAAAAGAUCGGAGCAGACGAGAUGGCCGCAGUAAACGAAAAGGAGAACAGCUCCUUGACAGUAAGGUGACUGAUUCACCCCUGUUGCAGGCUAACGCCAACCGCAAAAAGAAGAGAGAAGAAAAGUUGAAAGCCCGUGGACUUGAUCCAAAGGAAAUAAGUGAAGCUGCUGGAGAUGACACAUCUCCGAAAAUCAUAGAUCGUCUGCUCAGUGAAAACAAACAACAAGCAAACCUUCCUAUACCUUCCAGAACCAGCAACAAACUUGUUGACGAUAAUGACCUGUCCCCAAGCACUCCCGCUGCUUCACCAUUGAACAUUCCCACAGUAACCCACACGAGCAAAGGAGGAGGGGCUCACCAACUGCAUGAUGAGAGAAACAAGAACAUCACUACCAGGCCUGGAGAAGGUGCCAGUGGAAGUGGUGCAUUGUCGAAAGAAAGACGCUCCCCCCAUUCUCAACCAGAUGGAGUUCUCACGCCUGGAGAAGGUGUCAGUGGAAGUGGUGCGUCCCCCCAUUCUCAACCCGAAGGAAUUCUUAAUGCUGGACUCUCAACGCCAAGAAACACCCUCAGUCAGUCUCAAGACAAAAUCACAUCUCCCCAUUUGAAUGCCCCACAAUCCAACACUGAACAUGGAGAUGAAACGGAUUCUGGGGAUGACACUGAUUCUGAGAGUGAUACGGAUUACACAAAAGUAGCAUCUUCGGAGGAUUCCAAACGUUUACAAGAUGAAUCCCCAAUGGAUCAGCAUCACAAACGGCGUACUCGCCGACUCUUGGGCAAGGAAGACAAGACAGGCGAUACCCCAGCACAAUACCAGUCACGCUAUCGCCAGUCCCCACACAAGAAAGAUCGGAGCAGACGAGAUGGCCGCAGUAAACGGAAGGGAGAACAGCUCCUCGACAGUAAUGUGACUGAUUCACCCCUGUUGCAGGCUGACCCCAACCGCAGAAAGAAGAGAGAAUACAAGUUAAAAGCCCAUGGACUUGAUCCAAUGGAAAUAAGUGAAGCUGCUGGAGAUGACACAUCUCCGAAAAUCAUAAAUCGUCUGCUCACUGAAAACAAACAACAAGCAAUGAAACCUAAACCUUCCAAUGAUUCCAGAACCAGCAACAAACUUGUUGACGAUAAUGACCUGCCCCCAAGUACUCCCGCUGCUUCACCAUUGAACGUUCCCACAGUAACCCACACGAGCAAAGGAGGAUGGGCUCACCAACUGCAUGAUGAGAGAAACAAGAACAUCACUACCAGGCCUGGAGAAGGUGUCGGUGGAAGUGGUGCAUUGUCGAAAGACGGGCACUCCCCCCAUCCUCAACCAGAUGAAGUUCUCAAGCCUGGAAAAGAUGCCAGUGGAAGUGGUGCACUGUCGAAAGAAAAACACUCCCCCCAUUCUCAACCAGAUGGAGGUCUCAAGCUUGGAGAAGGUGCCAGUGGAAGUGGCGCGUUGUCGAAAGAAAGACACUCCCCCCAUUCUCAACUAGAUGGAGUUCUCAAGCCUGGAGAAGGUGCCAGUGGAAGUGGUGCGUUGUCGAAACAAAGACACUCCCCCCAUUCUCAACCAGAUGAAGUUCUCAAGCUUGGAGAAGGUGCCAGUGGAAGUGGCACAUUGUCGAAAGAAAGACACUUCCCUCAUUCUCAACCAGAUGGAGUUCUCAAACCUGGACAAGGUACCAGUGGAAGUGGCGCGUUGUCGAAAGAAAGACACUCCCCCCAUUCUCAACCAGAUGGAGUUCUCAAGCUUGGAGAAGGGGUCCGUGGAAGUGGUGCGUUGCCGAAAGAAAGGCACUCCUUCCAUCCUCAACCAGAUGAAAUUCUCAAGCUUGGAGAAAGUGCCAGUGGAAGUUGCGCGUUGUCGAAAGAAAGACACUCCCCAUAUUCUCAACCAGAUGGAGUUCUCAAGCCUGGAGAAGAUGUCAGUGGAAGUGGUGCGUUGUCGAGAGAAAGACACUACCCCCAUUUUCAACCAGAGGGCGUUCUUAAUGCUGGACUUUCAAUGCCAACAAACACCCUCAGUCAGUCUCAAGACGAAAUCACUCCUCCCCAUUUGGAUGCCCCACAAUCCAACACUGAACAUGGAGAUGAAACGGGUUCUGGGGAUGACACUGAUUCUGAGAGUGAUACGGAUUACACAAAAGUAGCAUCUUCGGAGGUUUCCAAACGUUUACAUGAGCAUCCCGAACAAAUCAAUGAAGCCCCAAUGGAUCAGCAUCACAAACGGCGUACUCGCCGACUCUUGGGCAAGGAAGACAAGACAGGCGAUACCCCAGCACAAUAUCAGUCACGCUAUCGCCAGUCCCCACACAAGAAAGAUCGGAGCAGACGAGAUGGCCGCAGUAAACGAAAAGGAGAACAGCUCCUUGACAGUAAGGUGACUGAUUCACCCCUGUUGCAGGCUAACGCCAACCACAAAAAGAAGAGAGGAGACAAGUUGAAAGCCCGUGGACUUGAUCCAAAGAAAAUAAGUGAAGCUGCUGGAGAUGACACAUCUCCGAAAAUCAUAGAUCGUCUGCUCACUGAAAACAAACAACAAGCAAUGAAACCUAAACCUUCCAAUGAUUCCCGAACCAGCAACAAACUUGUUGACGAUAAUGACCUGCCCCCAAGCACUCCCGCUGCUUCACCAUUGAACGUUCCCACAGUAACCCACACGAGCAAAGGAGGAGGGGCUCACCAACUGCAUGAUGAGAGAAACAAGAACAUCACUACCAGACCUGGAGAAGGUGCCAGUGGAAGUGGUGCGUUGUCGAAAGAAAGACACUCCCCCCAUUCUCAACCAGAUGGAGUUCUCACGCCUGGAGAAGGUGUUGGUGGAAGUGAUACGUCCCCCCAUUCUCAACCCGAAGGAAUUCUUAAUGUUGGACUCUCAAUGCCAAGAAACGCCCUCAGUCAGUCUCAAGACAAAAUCACAUCUCCCCAUUUGAAUGCCCCACAAUCCAACACUGAACAUGGAGAUGAAACGGGUUCUGGGGAUGACACUGAUUCUGAGAGUGAUACGGAUUACACAAAAGUAGCAUCUUCGGAGGAUUCCAAACGUUUACAAGAUGAAUCCCCACUGGAUCAGCAUCGCAAACGGCGUACUCGUCGACUCUUGGGCAAGGAAGACAAGACAGGCAAUACCCCAGCACAAUACCAGUCACGCUAUCGCCAGUCCCCACACAAGAAAGAUCGGAGCAGACGAGAUGGCCGCAGUAAACGGAAAGGAGAACAGCUCCUCGACAGUAAUGUGACUGAUUCACCCCUGCUGCAGGCUGACCCCAACCGCAGAAAGAAGAGAGAAGACAAGUUGAAAGCCCGUGGACUUGAUCCAAAGGAAAUAAGUGAGGCUGCUGGAAAUGACACAUCUCCGAAAAUCAUAGAUCGUCUGCUCAGUGAAAACAAACAACAAGCAAUGAAACCUAAACCUUCCAAUGAUUCCAGAACCAGCAACAAUGACCUGCCCCCAAGCACUCCCGCUGCUUCACCAUUGAACGUUCCCACAGUAACCCACACGAGCAAAGGAGGAGGGGCUCACCAACUGCAUGAUGAGAGAAACAAGAACAUCACUACCAGGCCUGGAGAAGGUGCCAGUGGAAGUGGUGCGUUGUCGAAAGAAAGACUCACCCCCCAUUCUCAAACAGAUGGAGUUCUCAUGCCUGGAGAAGGUGUCGGUGGAAGUGAUACGUCCCCCCAUUCUCAACCCGAAGGAAUUCUUAAUGUUGGACUCUCAAUGCCAAGAAACGCCCUCAGUCAGUCUCAAGACAAAAUCACAUCUUCCCAUUUGAAUGCCCCACAAUCCAACACUGAACAUGGAGAUGAAACGGGUUCUGGGGAUGACACUGAUUCUGAGAGUGGUACGGAUUACACAAAAGUAGCAUCUUCGGAGGAUUCCAAACGUUUACAAGAUGAAUCCCCACUGGAUCAGCAUCGCAAACGGCGUACUCGUCGACUCUUGGGCAAGGAAGACAAGACAGGCAAUACCCCAGCACAAUACCAGUCACGCUAUCGCCAGUCCCCACACAAGAAAGAUCGGAGCAGACGAGAUGGCCGCAGUAAACGGAAAGGAGAACAGCUCCUCGACAGUAAUGUGACUGAUUCACCCCUGCUGCAGGCUGACCCCAACCGCAGAAAGAAGAGAGAAGACAAGUUGAAAGCCCGUGGACUUGAUCCAAAGGAAAUAAGUGAGGCUGCUGGAAAUGACACAUCUCUCAGUGAAAACAAACGACAAGCAAUGAAACCUAAACCUUCCAAUGAUUCCAGAACCAGCAACAAACUUGUUGACGAUAAUGACCUGCCCCCAAGCACUCCCGCUGCUUCAACAUUGAACGUUCCCACAGUAACCCACACGAGCAAAGGAGGAGGGGCUCACCAACUGCAUGAUGAGAGAAACAAGAACAUCACUACCAGGCCUGGAGAAGGUGCCAGUGGAAGUGGUGCGUUGUCGAAAGAAAGACACUCCCCCCAUUCUCAACCAGAUGGAGUUCUCACGCCUGGAGAAGGUGUCGGUGGAAGUGGUGCGUCCCCCCAUUCUCAACCCGAAGGAAUUCUUAAUGCUGGACUCUCAAUGCCAAGAAACGCCCUCAGUCAGUCUCAGGACAAAAUCACAUCUCCCCAUUUGAAUGCCCCACAAUCCAACACUGAACAUGGAGAUGAAACGGGUUUUGGGGAUGACACUGAUUCUGAGAGUGAUACGGAUUACACAAAAGUAGCAUCUUCGGAGGAUUCCAAACGUUUACAAGAUGAAUCUCCAAUGGAUCAGCAUCACAAACGGCGUACUCGCCGACUCUUGGGCAAGGAAGACAAGACAGGCGAUACCCCAGCACAAUACCAGUCACGCUAUCAGUCCCCACACAAGAAAGAUCGGAGCAGACGAGAUGGCCGCAGUAAACGGAAAGGAGAACAGCUCCUCGACAGUAAUGUGACUGAUUCACCCCUGCUGCAGGCUGACCCCAACCGCAGAAAGAAGAGAGAAGACAAGUUGAAAGCCCGUGGACUUGAUCCAAAGGAAAUAAAUGAAGCUGCUGGAGAUGACACAUCUCCGAAAAUCAUAGAUCGUCUGCUCAGUGAAAACAAACAACAAGCAAUGAAACCUAAACCUUUCAAUGAUUCCAGAACCAGCAACAAACUUGUUGACGAUAAUGACCUGCCCCCAAGCACUCCCGCUGCUUCACCAUUGAACGUUCCCACAGUAACCCACACGAGCAAAGGAGGAGGAGCUCACCAACUGCAUGAUGAGAGAAACAAGAACAUCACUACCAGGCUUGGAGAAGGUGCCAGUGGAAGUGGUGCGUUGUCAAAAGAAAGACACUCCCCCCAUUCUCAACCAGAUGGAGUUCUCACGCCUGGAGACGGUGUCGGUGGAAGUGGUGCGUCCCCCCAUUCUCAACCCGAAGGAAUUCUUAAUGCUGGACUCUCAAUUCCAAGAAACGCCCUCAGUCAGUCUCAAGACAAAAUCGCAUCUCCCCAUUUGAAUUCCCCACAAUCCAACACUGAACAUGGAGAUGAAACGGGUUCUGGGGAUGACACUGAUUCUGAGAGUGAUACGGAUUACACAAAAGUAGCAUCUUCAGAGGAUUCCAAACGUUUACAAGAUGAAUCCCCAAUGGAUCAGCAUCACAAACGGCGUACUCGCCGACUCUUGGGCAAGGAAGACAAGACAGGCGAUACCCCAGCACAAUAUCAGUCACGCUAUCGCCAGUCCCCACACAAGAAAGAUCGGAGCAGACGAGAUGGCCGCAGUAAACGAAAAGGAGAACAGCUCCUCGACAGUGUGACUGAUUCACCCCUGCUGCAGGCUGACGCCAACCGCAGAAAGAAGAGAGGAGACAAGUUGAAAGCCCGUGGACUUGAUCCAAAGGAAAUAAGUGAAGCUGCUGGAGAUGACACAUCUCCGAAAAUCAUAGAUCGUCUGCUCAGUGAAAACAAACAACAAGCAAACCUUCCUAAACCUUCCAGAACCAGCAACAAACUUGUUGACGAUAAUGACCUGUCCCCAAGCAUUCCCGCUGCUUCACCAUUUAACAUUCCCACAGUAACCCACACGAGCAAAGGAGGAGGAGCUCAGCAACUGCAUGAUGAGAGAAAGAAGAACAUCACUACCGGGACUGGAGAAGGUGUCAGGGGAAGUGGUGCGUUGUCGAGAGAAAAUGAUUCCACCCGUCCUCAAUCAGAUGGAGUUCUCAGGAUUGAAGAAGGUGUCAGGGGAAGUGGUGCGCUGUCGAGAGAAAGAGACUCCGCCCAUCCUCAACCAGAUGGAGUUCUCAGGACUGGAGAAGGUGUCAGGGGAAGUGGUGCCUUGUCAAGAGAAAGACACUCCCCCCGUCCUCAAUCAGAGAGGGUUAUCAGGGCUAGUGAAGGUGUCAGAGGAAGUGGUGCAUUAUCGAGAGAAAGAGAUUCCACGCAUCCUCUACAAGAUGCAGUUUUCAGAGUUGAAGAAGGUGUCAGGGGAACUGGUGCGUUGUCGAUAGAAAGAGACUCCGCCUACCCUCAACCAGAUGGAGUUCUCAGGACUGGAGAAGGUGUCAGAGGAAGUGGUGCAUUCUCGAGAGACAGAAAUUCCACCCGUCCUCAAUCAGAGGGAGUUAUCAGGGCUGGUGAGGGUGUCAGAGGAAGUGGUGCAUUAUCGAGAGAAAGAGAUUCCACGCAUCCUCUACCAGAUGCAAUUUUCAGAAUUGAAGAAGGUGUCAGGGGAAGUGGUGCGUUGUGGAGAGAAAGAGACUCCGCCCAUCCUCAACCAGAUGGAGUUCUCAGGACUGAAGAAGGUGUCAGGGGAAGUGGUGCGUUGUCAAGAGAAAGACACUCCCCCCGUCCUCAAUCAGAGAGAGUUAUCAGGGCUAGUGAAGGUGUCAGAGGAAGUGGUGCAUUAUCGAGAGAAAGAGAUUCCACGCAUCCUCUACAAGAUGCAGUUUUCAGAGUUGAAGAAGGUGUCAGGCGAAGUGGUGCGUUGUCGAUAGAAAGAGACUCCGCCCAUCAUCAACCAGAUGGAGUUCUCAGGACUGGAGAAGGUGCCAGAGGAAGUGGUGCGUUCUCGAGAGAAAGAGGUUCCACCCGUCCUCAAUCAGAGGGAGUUAUCAGGGCUGGUGAGGGUGUCAGAGGAAGUGGUGCAUUAUCGAGAGAAAGAGAUUCCACGCAUCCUCUACCAGAUGCAAUUUUCAGAAUUGAAGAAGGUGUCAGGGGAAGUGGUGCGUUGUGGAGAGAAAGAGACUUCGCCCAUCCUCAACCAGAUGGAGUUCUCAGGACUGGAGAAGGUGUCAGGGGAAGUGGUGCGUUGUCAAGAGAAAGAGACUCCGCCCGUCCUCAAUCAGAGGGAGUUAUUAGGGCUGGUGAAGGUGUCAGAGGAAGUGGUGCAUUAUCGAGAGAAAGAGAUUCCACGCAUCCUCUACAAGAUGCAGUUUUCAGAGUUGAAGAAGGUGUCAGGGGAAGUGGUGCGUCGUCGAUAGAAAGAGACUCUGCCUAUCCUCAACCAGAUGGAGUUCUCAGGACUGGAGAAGGUGUCAGAGGAAGUGGUGCGUUCUCAAGACAAAGAGGUUCCACCCGUCCUCAAUCAGAGGGAGUUAUCAGGGCUGGUGAGGUUGUCCGAGGAAGUGGUGCAGUAUUGAGAGAAAGAGAUUCCACACAUCCUCUACCAGAUGCAAUUUUCAGAGUUGAAGAAGGUGUCAGGCAAAGUGGUGCAUUGUCGAUAGAAAGAGACUCCGCCCAUCCUCAACCGGAUGGAGUUCUCAGGACUACAGAAGGUGCCAGAGGAAGUGAUACGUUGUCGAGACAAAGAGGUUCCACCCGUCCUCAGUCAGAGGGAGUUAUCAGGGCUGGUGAAGGUGUCAGAGGAAGUGGUGCGUUAUCGAGAGAAAGAGAUUCCACGCAUCCUCUAUCCGAUGCAAUUUUCAGAGCUGAAGAAGGUGUCAGGGAAAGUGGUGUGUUGGUGAGAGAAAGAGACUCCACCCAUCCCCAACCAGAUGGAGUUCUCAGAACUGGAGAAGGUGUCAGCGGAAGUGGUGCAUUGUCGAGAGAAAGAGGUUCCACCCGUCCUCAAUCAGAGGGAGUUAUCAGGGCUGGUGAAGGUGUCAGAGGAAGUGGCGCGUUAUCAAGAGAAAGAGAUUCCAUGCAUCCUCUACAAGAUGCAGUUUUCAGAGCUGAAGAAAGUGUCAGGGGAAGUGGUACGUUGUUGAUAGAAAGAGUCUCCACCCAUCUUCAACCAGGUGGAGUUCUCAGGACUGAAGAAGGUGUCAGAGGAAGUGGUGCGUUGUCGAAAGAAAGAGGUUCCACCCGUCCUCAGUCAGAGGGAGUUAUCAGGGUUGAAGAAGGUGUCAGGGGAAGUGGUGCAUUGGUGAGAGAAGGAGACUCCGCCCAUCUUCAACCAGAUGGAGUUCUCAGGACUGGAGAAGGUGUCAGAGGAAGUGGUGCGUUGUCGAGAGAAAGAGGUUCCACCCGUCCUCAAUCAGAGGGAGUAAUCAGGACUGGUGAAGGUGUCAGAGGAAGUGGUGCGUUAUCGAGAGAAAGAGAUUCCACGCAUCCUCUACCAGACGCAGUUUUCAGAACUGGAGAAGGUGUCAGUGGAAGUGGUGCGUUGUCAAGAGAAAGAGGUUCCACCCGUCCUCAAUCAGAGGGAGUUAUCAGGGCUGGAGAACGUUUUAGUGGAAGUGGUGCGUUGUCGAGAGAAAGAGACGCCGCUCAUACUCAACCAGAUGAAGUUCACAGAGUUGGACUCUCGAUGUCAAGAAACACCGUCAGUCAGUCUCAAACUAAAAUCACAUCUUCCCAAUUGGAUGCCCCACAAUCCAACACUGAACAUGGAGAUGAAACGGGUUCUGGGGAUGACAUUGAUUCUGAUAAUUUCAAUGAUAGUGAUACAGAUGACACUAAAGUUGCAUCUUCGGAGGUUGCCAAACGUUUGCCAGGGGAUCUAGAACAAAUAAAAAAAACCCGAAUGGAUCGGCAUACUAAACGACAUAGUCGCCGACUCUUGGGCAAGGAAGACGAGACAACCUAUACCCCAGCACCAUACCAGUCACGCUAUCGCCAGUCCCCACACAAAAAAGAUCGGAGCAGACGAGAUGGCCGCAGUAAACGAAAAGGAGAACAGCUCCUCGACAGUAAGGUGACUGAUUCACCUCUGCUGCAGGCUGACCCCAACCGCAGAAAGAAGAGAGAAAAACUACUGCCUAGGAUUGACAGAGGAGACAAAUUGAAAGCCCACGGACUUGAUCCAAAGGAAAUAAGUGAAGGUCCUGGAGGUGACACAUCUCCAAAGAGCAUAGAUCGUCUGCUCACUGAAAAUAAACAACAAGCAAUAAAACCUAAGCAUUUCGGAACUAGCAACAAACUUGUUGACAAUAAUGACCUCCUCCCAAGCACUCCGGCUGCUUCCCCAUUGAACGUUUCCAUAGUUACCCAUGCGAGCAAAGGGGGAGGGGUUCAGCAACUGUAUGAUGAGAGAAACACCAGGGUUGAACUCUCGAUGCCAAGAAAUACCCUCAGUCAGUCUCAAGCCAAAAUCACAUCUACCCAUUCGGAUGCCCCACAAUCCAACACUGAACAUGGAGAUGAAACGGGUUCUGGGGAUGACACUGAUUCUGAUAAUUUCAAUGAUAGUGAUACAGAUGACACUAAAGUUGCAUCUUCGGAGGUUGCCAAACGUUUGCCAGGGGAUCUAGAACAAAUAAAAAAAACCCGAAUGGAUCGGCAUACUAAACGACAUAGUCGCCGACUCUUGGGCAAGGAAGACGAGACAACCUAUACCCCAGCACCAUACCAGUCACGCUAUCGCCAGUCCCCACACAAAAAAGAUCGGAGCAGACGAGAUGGCCGCAGUAAACGGAAAGGAGAACAGCUCCUCGACAGUAAGGUGACUGAUUCACCUCUGCUGCAGGCUGACCCCAACCGCAGAAAGAAGAGAGAAAAACUACUGCCUAGGAUUGACAGAGGAGACAAAUUGAAAGCCCACGGACUUGAUCCAAAGGAAAUAAGUGAAGGUCCUGGAGGUGACACAUCUCCAAAGAGCAUAGAUCGUCUGCUCACUGAAAAUAAACAACAAGCAAUAAAACCUAAGCAUUUCGGAACUAGCAACAAACUUGUUGACAAUAAUGACCUCCUCCCAAGCACUCCGGCUGCUUCCCCAUUGAACGUUUCCAUAGUUACCCAUGCGAGCAAAGGGGGAGGGGUUCAGCAACUGUAUGAUGAGAGAAACACCAGGGUUGGACUCUCGAUGCCAAGAAAUACCCUCAGUCAGUCUCAAGCCAAAAUCACAUCUACCCAUUCGGAUGCCCCACAAUCCAACACUGAACAUGGAGAUGAAACUGGUUCUGGGGAUGACACUGAUUCUGAUAAUUUCAAUGAUAGUGAUACAGAUGACACUAAAGUUGCAUCUUCGGAGGUUGCCAAACGUUUGCCAGGGGAUCUAGAACAAAUAAAAAAAAACCAAAUGGAUCGGCAUACUAAACGACAUAGUCGCCGACUCUUGGGCAAGGAAGACGAGACAACCUAUACCCCAGCACCAUACCAGUCACGCUAUCGCCAGUCCCCACACAAAAAAGAUCAGAGCAGACGAGAUGGCCGCAGUAAAUGGAAAGGAGAACAGCUCCUCGACAGUAAGGUGACUGAUUCACCCCUGCUGCAGGCUGACCCCAACCGCAGAAAGAAGAGAGAAAAACUACUGCCUAGGAUUGACAGAGGAGACAAAUUGAAAGCCCGCGGACUUGAUCCAAAGGAAAUAAGUGAAGGUGCUGGAGGUGACACAUCUCCAAAGAGCAUAGAUCGUCUGCUCACUGAAAAUAAACAACAAGCAAUAAAACCUAAGCAUUUCGGAACUAGCAACAAACUUGUUGACAAUAAUGACCUCCUCCCAAGCACUCCGGCUGCUUCCCCAUUGAACGUUUCCAUAGUUACCCAUGCGAGCAAAGGGGGAGGGAUUCAGCAACUGUAUGAUGAGAGAAACACCAGAGUUGGACUCUCGAUGCCAAGAAAUACCCUCAGUCAGUCUCAAGCCAAAAUCACAUCUACCCAUUUGGAUGCCCCACAAACCAACACUGAACAUGCGAAUGAAACGGGUUCUGAGGAUAACACUGGUUCUGAUAAUGAUACAGAUUACACAAAAGUUUCAUCUUCGGAGGUUGCUAAACAUUUGCCAAAACAAAUCAAUGAAGCCCCAAUGGAUCAGCAUAACGAACGGCGUGCUCGCCGACUCUUGGGCAAGGAAGACAAGACAACCUAUACCCCAGCACCAUACCAGUCACUCUAUCGUCAGUCGCCACACAAAAUGGGGCGGAGCAGACGAGAUGGCCGCAGUAGACGGAAAGAAGAACAGCUCCCCGAUACUAAGGCGACUGAUUCACCCCUGCUGCAGGUGACCUAUGAUGACCCCAAAAGCAGAAAGAAGAGAGAGAAACUACUGCCUAUGAUUCACAGAGAAGACAAGUUGAAAGCCCAUGGACUUGAUCCAAAGGAAAUAAGUGAAGCUGCUGGAGAUGACACAUCUCCAAAAAUCAUAGAUCGUCUGCUCAGUGAAAACAAACAACAAGCAAUGAAACCUAAACCUUCCAAUGAUUCCGAAAUAUAUAGUAACACACUUGUUGACGAUGAUGACCUCCUCCCAAGCACUCCCGCUAUUUCUAUAGUAACCCACGCUAGUCAAGGGGGAGGGGUUCAGCAACUGUAUGAUGAGAGAAACACCAACAUCACUACCAGGGCAGAAGAAAUCGUCAGAGGAAGUGGUGCGUUCAGUGUCAGAGAAAGUGGUACGUUGUCGGGAGAAAGAGACUACACCCGUCCUCAAUCAGAUGGAGUUCUCUCAAUGAGUACAAGGCAACUCCCUUGCACGAAAUGUUCGCUCAAAUUAACUCACUUCCACUAAAAACAGAAAAGUACAUAGUAAAAAUAGUAAGGGCUAUGUAGGUAGGCCUUGUAUAAUUAUAGCUGCAUAUACGCUGUACUAUAUAGUGAACCGUCUCUUUCCCAUGUUCAUUGCAUAAUGGUUCCACUUAAUUAUAAUGUUACUCCUACAUGUAGCAGUUUAUUUUUUUGUUAUUUAACAUUAAUUUUGUUUGGGUUCUCGACCUAUAGCUAGUGCUUGUUUUAUUUACCUAUCACAUGUAAGUUGUGUCGUACCUCCUAUUUAAUAUCUAUUAUCUGCAGCCAUUGAAUUUUCGACAUCCUC